GGUGCAGCGCCCGCUCACCUGAAGCCCGCGCCCGCGCCUCUGGGUCCUCCCCGCCCGCGCUGCUCGGUUCUCUUUGGAACGGCGUUUGCAUCGUGGUUCUAAGACGCGAGCCCCGGAGUCCACUUCGGUCUCUUUGGCCGGCUUCCCCAACCACCCUCCUCCCACCCCGCUCGCUUCUCGUGCCUCAUUCUUUUUGCAACAGUUUUAUGCUUAUUAGGAUUUUGGCCUCCGUCUACUCCUGUCCCCUUGGGCCCGGUAUCUUGCUGGCUUCAACAUGCCUUUCUAGUUCCCUUCCAUAGUUGUCACCUACCCGAUGGCACUCAUACACACUCACAUGAGAGCUUUGCGAUGACCAGACCAGCUGCUCACUUCAGCUCUUCACUUUGAAGCUCAGUCUGCCUCCCAAAAUUGUUUUCUUCACUUUCUGUGCUUAAUCUUGCGCUCAAAACAUGGAUCAGAGAUGAACAGAUUUUUGUGCAUGUGAGGUAUUGACAGUUUCCCCACAGGAAAAACUAAUGUUCCCUUUCCAUUCCAGUUUCACAAACUGGGGAAGAUGGCGGGAGAGGGUUCCUAUGACUUAUGAACAUUUUUACGCAAGCCUGUAAGAAUCUUUUUUCCCUCUGUAGCCAGUACCUAGGGUCUCAGGUGCAGGGAGAUAAGUCCACUAAUCUAUACAACUAUGCCAUGCUGCCUCUAAUCCUUACCCACUUUUUUUCUUCACAUGCUGAUAUUGAGGAUUCAUGGGUCUUGAGUCAGAACACCACUCCUGGGGACCCUGGAACGCUGUCAUGGAGACUGAGAGUGAGCAGAACUCCAGCUCCACCAAUGGGAGUUCCAGCUCAGGGGGCAGCUCUCGGCCCCAGAUAGCUCAGAUGUCCCUGUAUGAACGCCAAGCAGUGCAGGCUCUUCAGGCACUGCAGCGACAGCCCAAUGCAGCCCAGUAUUUUCACCAGUUCAUGCUCCAGCAGCAGCUCAGUAAUGCCCAGCUACACAGCUUGGCUGCUGUCCAGCAGGCUACAAUUGCUGCCAGUCGACAGGCCAGCUCCCCAAACACCAGCACUACACAGCAGCAGACUAACACCACCCAGGCCUCGAUAAAUCUGGCCACCACAUCAGCUGCCCAGCUAAUUAGCCGAUCCCAGAGUGUUAGCUCUCCCAGUGCCACCACCUUGACCCAGUCUGUGCUACUGGGAAACACUACUUCACCACCCCUCAACCAGUCUCAGGCCCAGAUGUAUCUGCGGCCACAGCUGGGAAACCUAUUGCAGGUUAACCGGACCUUGGGCCGGAAUGUGCCUCUAGCCUCCCAGCUCAUCCUGAUGCCUAACGGGGCAGUGGCUGCAGUCCAGCAGGAGGUGCCACCCGCUCAGUCCCCUGGAGUGCAUGCAGAUGCAGAUCAGGUGCAGAAUUUGGCAGUAAGGAACCAACAGGCCUCAGCUCAAGGACCUCAAAUUCCAGGCUCCACUCAGAAGGCCAUUCCUCCUGGAGCCUCCCCUGUCUCUAGCCUUUCCCAGGCCUCUGGCCAGGCCUUAGCUGUGGCACAGGCUUCUGGGGCCUCAGGCCAGUCCCUUAAUCUUAGUCAAGCUGGUGGAAGCAGUGGGAAUAGCCUUCCAGGAUCCAUGGGUCCAGGUGGAGGUGGCCAAGUUCCUGGUGGUUUGGGUCAGUUGCCGUCCUCAGGAAUGGGUGGUGGAAGCUGUUCCAGGAAGGGCACAGGAGUGGUGCAGCCCUUGCCUGCAGCCCAAACAGUGACUAUGAGCCAGGGUAGCCAGACAGAAGCAGAAAGCGCAGCUGCUAAGAAGGCAGAAGCAGAUGGGAGUGGUCAGCAGAACGUGGGCAUGAAUCUGACACGGACAGCUACACCUGCCCCCAGCCAGACCCUUAUUAGCUCAGCCACAUACACACAGAUCCAGCCCCAUUCACUGAUUCAGCAACAGCAGCAGAUUCACCUCCAGCAGAAACAGGUGGUGAUUCAGCAGCAGAUUGCCAUUCACCACCAGCAGCAGUUCCAGCACCGGCAGUCCCAGCUGUUGCACACAGCCACACACCUCCAGUUGGCACAGCAGCAGCAGCAGCAGCAGCAACAACAGCAACAGCAGCAGCAGCAGCAGCAAGCAACAGCCCUCACUGCUCCUCAGCCACCCCAGGUCCCACCUACACAGCAGGUCCCACCUUCCCAGUCUCAACAGGCUCAAACCCUGGUGGUUCAACCCAUGCUUCAGUCGUCACCCCUCUCUCUUCCACCUGACUCAGCCCCUAAGCCCCCUAUCCCCAUCCAGUCCAAACCGCCCAUAGCACCUAUCAAGCCUCCUCAAUUAGGGACUGCUAAGAUUUCAGCUACCCAGCAACCACCACCUCAUAUCCCUGUUCAAGUUGUGGGUAGCCGGCAGCCAGGUUCAGCACAGGCACAGGCUUUGAGCUUGGCACAGCUGGCAGCUGCUGUACCUACUUCUCGGGGGAUGCCAGGUGCAGUGCAGCCUGGCCAAGCCCAUUUGGCCUCCUCACCACCUUCAUCCCAGGCUCCUGGUGCACUGCAGGAGUGUUCUCCUACCUUGGCUCCUGGGAUGACCCUGGCUCCUGUGCAAGGAACAGCGCAUGUGUUAAAAGGCGGGGCCACCAGCUCCUCACCUGUUGUAGCGCAGGUCCCUGCUGCCUUCCACAUGCAGCCUGUGCACCUGCCGAGUAAACCCCAGACCUUGGCUGUAAAACGCAAAGCUGAGUCUGAGGAGGAGCGAGAUGAUGUCCCCACAUUGGGCUCGCUGCUUCCUACCAAGGCAUCUCCAGAAGCAGAGAGCCCAAAGGUAAUGGAGGAGAACAGUCUUGGAGAGAAAGCUGAACCAGUGGCCAGUAUGAAUGCUAAUACCCCAAGUAGUGAACUAGUAGCCUUGACCCCCACCCCAUCAGCACCACCUCCUACGCUAGCCAUGGUGUCCAGACAGAUGGGUGACUCAAAACUCCCACAGGCCAUUGUGAAGCCCCAGAUUCUCACGCACAUCAUUGAAGGCUUUGUUAUCCAGGAAGGAGCAGAACCUUUCCCGGUGGGAUGUUCUCAGUUACUGAAGGAGUCUGAGAAGCCACUACAAACCAGUGUCCCAACAGGGCUAAAUGAAAGUCAGUCAAGUGGCCCUUUGGGCGGAGACAGCCCUUCCAUUGAGCUAGAUAAGAAGGCUAACCUCCUGAAGUGCGAGUACUGUGGGAAGUACGCCCCAGCAGAGCAGUUUCGUGGCUCCAAGAGGUUUUGUUCUAUGACUUGUGCAAAGAGGUACAAUGUGAGCUGUAGCCAUCAAUUCCGGCUGAAGAGGAAAAAGAUGAAGGAAUUCCAGGAAGCCAGCUAUGCUCGUGUUCGAAGGCGUGGACCCCGUCGCAGCUCUUCAGAUAUUGCUCGUGCCAAGGUCCAGGGCAAGCGUCACCGGGGUCAAGAGGAUUCUAGUCGGGGUUCAGAUAAUUCCAGUUAUGAUGAAGCACUUUCCCCAACCUCUCCUGGGCCAUUGUCAGUAAGAGCUGGGCACGGAGAACGUGAACUUGGGAACACCAUUACAGCUCCACCUACGCCAGAAUUACACGGCAUCAACCCCAUGUUCCUGUCUAGUAAUCCUAGCAGAUGGAGCGUAGAAGAGGUCUAUGAGUUCAUCGCUUCUCUCCAAGGUUGCCAAGAGAUUGCAGAGGAAUUUCGUUCCCAAGAGAUUGAUGGACAGGCCCUUUUAUUACUUAAAGAAGAACACCUUAUGAGUGCCAUGAACAUCAAGUUGGGUCCUGCCCUCAAGAUCUGCGCCAAGAUAAAUGUUCUCAAGGAGACCUAAAAUGGUUCUAUUGCAUAAACCAGCCUAAGGCAGACACAUCCCACUGACCAGUUUAUAAUCUGGAACCAGCAGACUUUGAAGGGAAGAAAGAGCUGUUCCACUUAUGAGACCUGUAGGGGAAUUACUGAGAAAGGGAAGAAAGUGUAAAAAUUGGUUGCUGGUGCUACAUGGGGGCAGCUUUGACAUUUUCUUUGGCUUCAGUUUACUUUUUAAAAACCUUAAUUCUCACCAUUCCUACCUACCCUAAUCCAAUCUUUAGAAGAGGCAGUCUAGAGAACUCUGCUCAGCCUUAUCUUGGAGUGGAGCAUAUAGUCAGGGUCUUCAUACUCCAAGAGGAGAAAGAUAUUGUAUGGUAAGGCAAGGAAACAGGUGGAAUAUAGGCCUGCAUCCCAGUGGAAAAAGUAGGAUUUCCUAGCCUGUAUGACACAAGUAGCACAAUCUGGUCCGUCUUUCUCCCCUCCAGAUUCGUUGUGGCUGUGGCUGCUUGCUUUUAUUGCCACUUUCUCUUAGCAUUGAGGCCACCAGCAAGUGAAGACACUUCAUUGGUAUCUUAUUUGCUGCAGGGACUAAAAGUAUUUGGCUGGCUCGCGUGGCUGUGCUCAUUCUUUCUAUAUUUUCCCUGACACCUUCCAGUUUAUCUUCAACCCUUUUCAGUUUCCAUUCUGCUCUGUUCUAUAGCUUUAUACAACCAGAGUGUGUGGGGCUGAGGUCAGGAUCGUAAGGAAGGACCUGCCUUAGGUACUUUUCCUUGUACAUCAAAAUAGUAAAUAUUUUUUUCCUCAGUAAAAGGACGAAAAUUGGUCUGUUGUCCCUGACUCCAUUCCUGAAUAUAUAUGUUCUGCUUUAACACAAAUGACUACGCCAGCAGGUUUUGUAUGUUUUUUAAUCAUUAAGUGUUUUUGUACAAAAAGUGUGUUAUUGUAUUCUUUUCAUUUGAAAACAUCAGGGUAUGGGGAAGGGAUGCAAACAAGUAACAAGAUUUUUUUAUAACAUUAUUUUCUGUUUAGAAAGAAACAAGAACAUCAUAACCAUUCAUAGUAUCGAGAAGUUAAAAAAUGAAAUAACUUCAUAUUCUAAGGUAAUAAAUGGCUCCCUUUGUGUUCUUGUGUUCA